CAAGCAAAGUUGGUACUAUAGUAGUGGUAAAUACUACAUAUAGUAGUAGAGUAGUGGAGAGAGAAAGUAGAUUGAGAGAGAGAGAUGGUGGUGGGUAGUGGGUGUUUUUAUUGGAGAGAAGAAUUGAAUUAACGAGUGUUUUUGUAUUUAUUAGUUACAGCAAACCCAAGAAGAAGAGGAGGAAGAAGUAGAAAGAGAGUAAACUAGUGAGAGAGAUUGAGAGAGAGAAAGGAGGAGGAAGAGGAGGAAACAUGUCCAAGUUCAUCCCAACACCUCUGUAGCUUGCUUCUUCAUAGCGUAUCAGAUUCCAAAGACUAAGUGUACUCUACUACUGAAGCGUUGGUCAAUAUCAAGAAAAGUUGUGAUUUGUGAGGGAUCAACUCAAAAUUUCCAUGAUUUCAUCAGAAUCUGGAGAGGAUGCAAUGUCCUCCGAGGGUGCUGAGGAUCAGAUGAAACCGGCCUUCUUCUUGAGCAAACCGGAUUUCAUGCUCCAUCAUUCACAACUUGGUGGCAGCCAUUCAUUGGCUAGCGUUCAAUACCCCUAUGCUGAUCCAUACUAUGGUGGUUUUUUGACUUCAUAUGGCCCACAGGCUCUUAUGGUGGGGUUGCAAUCCACACGAGUUCCACUGCCUUUGGAUCUUACAGACAAUGGGCCCAUCUAUGUCAAUGCAAAGCAGUAUCACGGAAUUCUCAGGAGGCGGCAGUCUCGGGCAAAACAAGAAGCUCAGAACAAACUCAUAAGAAACCGCAAGCCAUAUCUCCAUGAGUCUCGGCAUCUGCAUGCCUUGAAUAGGGUAAGGGGAUCUGGUGGACGCUUUCUCAGCAAAAAACAGCUCCAACACCAGUCUUCUGAUUCUAACUCCUCGUCCUCCUCCUCCUCGAAGCUGCUGCAUCAGAAGAAUGACAGAAUGAACUCUGGGUAUGCUGAGUAUGUCACCUCAGUUACCACCUGCUCGGACACCAUGAGUGUUUCCGACAGCAGUGGGCUACGGUUCUCUGGAGCAACGUCACACAUGGGCGGGGCCAUGCAAUGCAGUGAGAGGCUGUUGCAUGGGGGAACCCAGCACUGUGCUUCAGUUGUUCGGUGAAACACAAGACCAUGCAUCGUCCAUGGUCGGGCAAAUCAUCCUUGGCUUUUGUUACUGUUUACGUUCUAUAUUUGCUGUUCUACUUUGGUUCAAGCAAAAGAAGAAAAAAAAUGCUGUUUGCUGAACUUUGUUCUGGAAACUGGACCAGAGCUACUACUGCCUACUGUAUCCUAUGUUGUUUAUAAUCAUGUCAUAAAAAAAAGUGCUUGUUGUACUGCUCGAAUUCCUCAAUUUGUGACUACUUUCUGUGUGUUGUUAUCUUACUACGAAUAUCAAUGUUUUAGUAUGCACUUUGGUUGGUUGGUUGGUUGUUGAGGUCGCUUGUGAACAUUUUAUAAUAUGUAAUUUUUUAUUUUCUUCGUUUUAAGAAUCAGAAUUUAUAAUUGGUUUUA